UCAUUUUUUUUUUGUGUGUGUGUGAUGUUACAGAGACCAGACGGUGGAGGAGGUCAUGACGGACAAUGAGGCCAGUGGCAGCAAUGAUGACCUGGGUGGCACAGCAAAUACUGGAGAGCCCCUGUACUUGACACCUCUCAUCGAUGCUGGCAAACUGAACGAGGCCAGGUCAUCAAGCAAGGUCGGCCCCAUCGGGGCUGAUCACGAGGUACCCAGUUAUGCGGGCUACAUCACCGUCAAUCCACAGUACAAUAGCAAUCUAUUCUUCUGGUUCGUUCCUUCACUGAGGGAUCCGCAGAAUGACCCGGUGAUACUGUGGAUGCAAGGAGGACCCGGUACGUCCUCGCUUCUGGGUUUCUUCAAUGAGCACGGUCCUUACUAUGUGUCGGAGGAGGACGGCGGCGAGGCGGCGUUUCGCGAGCUCACCUGGGCGCAGCGCUACUCGAUGCUUUACGUGGACCAACCCGUGGGAACGGGGUUCAGCUACACCGAGAACGACGCUGGCUACGCCCGAAACCAGACCGAUGUUGGCCGCGACAUGUUAGAGUUCUUGCAGCAGUUCUUCACGCUGUUCGGCGAGCUGGCCAAAAAUGAAUUCUACAUCGCGGGAGAAUCCUACGCCGGGAAGUACGUGCCGACUGUGGGCGCCACGCUACACGAGAACGCGGACUCAAUGCGGGUCAAGAUUAAUUUCCGUGGCAUCGCCUACGGCAACGGUCUGACGGACCCCGUAAAUAUGGUGGACUUUGGCACUUUCAUCUACGGGAUCGGCCUCAUCGACCGUGGUGCCGCCGACCACAUGAUGCGAGUCGCCAAGGAAGCGGUCGAUCUCCUCCGCGCAGGUCGAACUGUCGAGAGCGGUUACUUAAUGGACAGUCUGUUCUUCGGUCUUCUGACGCAGAACAGUUUCUUCAAGAACGUCACCGGCUUUGAAUACUACUACAACUACCUGAUCGACAAGGAGCCCGAAGACAGCAAGACUUACAAGGCUUUCGUCCAGAAGCCCGAGAUCCGGCGAGCCCUGCACGUGGGUCAGCAAGGAUUCAGCAUGAGCCGCGAUCUGGUGACCGCCCACUUCAUCCGCGACAUCAUGCGCUCGGCCGUGCCGCAGUUCACCCAAGUUCUGGAGAGCGGCUACAAGGUGCUGGUGUACAGCGGUCACUUGGACAUUUGCGUGCCCACCACGCACACGGAGAAAUUCCUCGCCAACGUGGCCUGGUCGCACGCGGAUCGAUGGUCUCGCGAACCUCGCCACAUCUGGCGGAGCGCCGACGGCCAGCGUCUGUACGGCUACAAGAAGACCGUCGAGAACCUCAACUUCGUCGUGGUGCGCAACGGCGGACACGUGCUGCCUUAUGACCAGCCCGAGGCUAUGUUCGAGCUCAUCACAGCCUUCGUCGAUAACGAGCCGCCUUUCUCCGCACAGGCUAGCUCUUCUGCGUAGACGACACACUUGUCCGACUUGCGAUUUGUUCGGCGAUGCGCGGUGACCGAAUUCGCGUAAGAGAAAGAUGUAAGAAGAUUAUAUCAGAAAACAAAUUAGCAUGAAGCGCUUUGCUUUUUUCGUGACCGUGUAAGCACCAAUAUUUCUGUCAAUCCUUAUGCGUAAAUUGUGCCACAGCGCAAUAGGAUCGUACUAUGAUAAUAUAAACUGGCAUGCAAUGAAAAUCUACUAAACGGUGCCAUGAUAUGUCAUUUGCGACCAGGUAUAGCUGUUUCUGCUCAGGAUUAAGUUUGUACUUUACCAGGCGUAGCGCUUCGCAGCGAACUCUUUCAGUUAGAAUUGGGGAAGCUUUAUGUUUAAAAUAACAUGCACGUUUUGCGUAAGAACUGCUUCACUGCUGCAUUCAUAGACCCUCAA